CUACAGCUAGCUGCAGUGCAGGUGUUUGUUAAUGAGGCUCCUGCACCCUUGGCAGGUACACUUGGUGAUGGGAAAGGGGUGGCUUAUACUGUACUGCUUUGAAAUUUUGUUGGGAGGAUAUGUUUGUGUUGUUAUGGUUUUGACUCAUGAAAUCAGCUUAGUGAUUUGUUGGCUCUUUUCACAAGAGUUAGGGUGCCUCCUGUCCUGGCCCAGUUUAGUGUAGUUGCAUUCUGACUACCCACAUUUCUGUCCAGUUUCAUCUGGAGUUUGCUACAGUUGUUUAUUUACAUAGUAACACGUAUUUACUUGGCAGUUUGCAAGCUAGCAGCAGAGGCUGAAAGAGUGAGAAAAAUCCCCACUUCUAGUUAAGUUCAGUACUUGUGAGGGAAUGAACAUAGUGAGGCAUGAUAGGGUACAGAGAAAAUACAAAGUAGCACUUUCACACAUAUAAUUGAUAGGAGAGGUGGGUUCUCAGAGUUUACAGAAUAAAAGAACGCAAACCAUAAAGUGCAAGUGUAAAAGAAGAAAGCAAAAGGCUGAUGGAGAGAAAUGAGUGAAGUGAAAACUGCUUAGAUCUGGAGGGGGCAAGAGGAGGAAGGUGGGAUGAGGUAUGGUUUGAGAAUGCUUUGUUAGAAGAUGCUUCCCUCAAAAAGCUGGUACACCAUGGGUUAAGUUGCUAAGUAGUACAUGCUGUUAAAUGUUUGAUGUAUUGUGCAGCAGAAAUGGACAUAACUCAGUGGUUGAGGAAGUAAUGCCAGUCUGUACUGUGGUUAAAGCUGUAUAUUUUUUUACAAGGUUAUUCUAAGAAAAUAAGAUUCAAAACAGCAGAUACUGGCAUUCUGCCCAGCAUGCAGUUCACUUAAAGAUAGCAGUUUGAUCCACAGCUUUACAGCAUGACUUGGGCACACAUCUAGCAUGGGUAUCAGCAAGGGAGAGGGAGUCCGUUUACAUGGCAGUGUGUGCACAGGGCUGGGAUUUGGUCACUCACAGACCCGCACGCUGCAUGUUCCACCUACAAAAGCACAUUUUAUCAUUUACCACCCCACGUCUCAGAAUUCUGCUUAAAUUAUAAUAGGGACAACUUGCUGCAGAGUAACAGGUAGGUGGAAAAAAGAGCCCAAGCCACAUCCUGUUGUGGGGAGUUGUUCUGUAGAAAUACGAACUCACAGAGCUCUGAGGCAGUAAAGCUGCAAGCUGAAUUUUGACAAAUGACCAGUAUUAGCAAUCAGUUUUAACCUGGAAUGGAUUUCCAGAGUUAAAAAUAAUGCAGUAUUAAACUGUGUAGCAUAACCAUAUCAGACUAAUAUUUACAAGAACUCUCCCAGUGUUUUUACAAAAAUACUUACGUCUGCUCCAGUGACGCUUCACGCACAGCCCAGAUGUACCCCAUCUGACACAGACACGAGGAGUGCAUGGAAGAAAGUUAUAAACAAUUUUCAUUUGGAAAAGGCAAGAAGUAUCUUUUCGAAUAGUCUUUGCAAGUGAAAUUGUGCUCAUCUUGACUAAAUUGUCUACAAAAGGAGAGUUUUGCUUUUUGCUAGUUUUGUUUUGAGAAAUGGAAAAAAAUGGUUUGGAAACAUUUUGGAAAUAUCUUGGAAUUUGCAUAGUAACACUGAUGUGUCUCAUUGUUAGUGAUUGUUUUGAUGUGACUUCAAUUGCUAGUAAAAGUAGCACAUAAUGUACUUUUUGAGGGUGUUCGUUCAAAAGCAGGACAGUGGGAUGGUGUAUGCACUCUUGAAAGUUGUGCUUAUUUUUAUUUUGAGCUUGUUGACAUUUUUUGGACUAUCUGGCUUGGAUUGUUUUAGAAUUUCAACAAAAAUAAUUUUCAUGUCAAGUCAUACAUACACAACAGUAUUCAACUUUUAAUCUGUCAUCUAGCAAUAUAGAUUACUUAUUCUGUUGUCCUUUAUUUCCUCUGUAACCCAGCUUAAGUAACGUUACCUAUUUUUCGUGGACCAAACCCACUGAGAAUUCCAUCAUGAGCCUUUGUAACAACAGUCAGCUUCUGUCACGUUUGAAAACCAGUCCUUCGGCCCUGUCUGUAGGGCAGACAGAUUUCACCAAUUCAGCAGCAUAUGCCUGGUUGGCUUUUUUCUGCCACCCUUUUUCAUGGAAAUAGGCAGGAUUACUUCAGAGAGGAAAGCCAUCCAGAACCCACAUGCUGCCUAUUCUGGGAAUAAUUCUGGCUUCUUAAUAUUUUUUCCUUUGUAUCAUUUAUUAAAGCUGUUAGGGAAUAUCUGCUUGAGGCUAAAAGAGUGUGGACUCUCACUUAGCCCCAUGAAGGCCUUGCACGUGGUGUUUACUUCUGCUUUUAUCAAGGUGACUUUUUCUGUGGCUUUUGCAGGAGGUAGAUGCAUUCUUAUGAGUGACUUUGAUUUUUCUGCCUAAAAUGAUGGUAGAAUUAUACUUUUUAAUCAGCAGAUGUUAUUUAUUCUAUGAGUUUUAUUUCUGGUCUUCUGCCUCUGAAGCAGAACUUGAUUUCUACACCUUUAUGUCAGGUAUGUAUCUACUUCUGUAUUCACACAUUCAAACACGGCAGGCCAUUCACGCGUGUUUCUGAAGGGUUUAGCAGUUUAGCCAUUUCCACAUGGACUGUCAGAGUUGAUUGGAGGCUGUGUCAGGGUUUGCUGUUGGACUGCUGAGAUGCACCUCCUGCUGUUACUGCAGUGUAAUUCUCCAGACAGAGCACACAUUAGUGGCAUUGCUAAGAGCAGCUGAGAUGUUGGAGAAGAUGCUGUCUGAAACUCCAUCCUUACCUUCACCGUAUGCUGUAACACCACUCACUGUGUGUUGGUAAAGCAGUGCUAGAGUGGCUGGUGCUGCAGGUAUAGUUGUUUAAGUCAGUGGUGCUCUAAACUAUGCUUGGGCACUGUCAUUCAAAAAGAGGAAAAAAACAUGAUUUGGUGUAUAUAGUUCACAUUCAUGCUUUCUUGACUCUCAUUCUCUUCCUCCAUGUAAGACUAGUUUUAAGUGGAAGAACAUGCAUAUAGCUCAUUGGCUUGAGUGCACCUCAAGAAUUUAUAUUUCAAAGAACUCCUUUUUAUUUUGACUGUAAAUUUAAACUUUGUCUGAACAAUGAAUGUGCUUAGAAUAAUGAUGUGCUUAUUAGGUUGAAAAAAGAACAAGCUUUUAAUAGGAAAAAAUUAUCACAGGGCAGGCAGCAGGGGAUUUCAUUAGCAUUUAUAGAUUGCUAAACUGCAAUUUAAAAGUCACAUUUCCAUCUAAAAAUUUUUUCCACCGUAGUCAUAGAGGGAACAUUAAAAAGCAUCUCUUUAGUCUGUUUACCAUUUUUCAGUGGUGUUUAAAGUCAUUAAAAUUGCAGAAAUUGUCUGCACAGGGUACACUACUUAGCUGCCAUUGGUCUUAGUGGGAGUUCAGUCUAUUCAAUAAAUAUUUGUUCUGAAAGUCCUACCACGUAUGGACCUGACCUCUGUUGUUGGACAUCUUUGAAAAUCUGGCCCUUAGGACAGCUAACAGAGUUUGCAGUGUUGUAUGACUGUUUCUCCUUAUCAGUGCCUCUUUUACUUGGGAAGCUCCAUCAAUCCUGAACAGGAUUUUGUCAUCAUUCCUGCACCUGCAGUUCGUCUCUGUCAAGAGACAUAGAUGAACAGAAGAGACUUGGCCUUGUCUUUUCACGUAGUAUUGUAGUUCUUUUCUACAACAGCAUAAGUAGUUCUUAGAAUAAUUCUUUCCAACCAUAAACGUUUAAGUGCUACACAAGGAUUAGUGUAAUUAGCUUUGCAUUUGGAAAUGGCAGUGCAGAGAUGUGCAGUGACUUGCCCACAGUUAGCAGCACAGGAGGAAGCGGUACCAAGUUUGGAGCCCUUCUUCAGCAACUGCAGCUUUCGAGUGCUUGAUCUAUCCCUGAAAAAUACCCAGACCACAAUCUUGUAAAUGUAAUGGUUUGGUGCUUAAGCAGCAUGAGUCAUGUUCUGGGAUGCUGGCAGUGUUUCUUUGUGAUAUUUCCGUUUCACAUUCAGCUUCAGGGGCUCAGCGGGGGCUUUUGGUCUGGUUGCCAUAUGAAGUUCAUCAGGGGUGACAAGCAAAAGCAGCUUAAUGUGCUCAUGUUAUUUUUGUCUAUAUUAGAAGUUUGUGAUGGAGGCUAUUUCUGUUUUGCAUAAAGACACCAAAAUAAUGUAUUGAGCUGUAAGCUAACUGGAGAUGCCCAGGACUCUCUUCAGCAGAGUAGCUCUAGCUGCUGGAUGUCACUGUUUUGUUUUCACUGGGGCUGAGGUUUGCUCCUGGUCCCAGUGGCUAGCAGACAGUUCCUCCAAGGAUCAGUUGGCCAACGCUCUCCCUCAGAACCCCCAAACUUGGGAUACAUUUCCUCCUAGGGUUCUAGGAUUCCUUCCCUUGGGCACAACCAAAAGGCUUCCAGAGAAAAUAUGGCAUUCUUCACGUUAUAUUCAAAGUAAGGUUCUCAAAACUCCUCACAGCACACUGAGCCUUCCUGGUCAGGGCUUGAUUUAGAGAAAGAACCAAUAUGUGGGGGCCGUGUAGGUCUGCUAGCUGGAAGAGCAGCUGGUUGAAACUUGAAUGUCUUCCUGCAGAGUCAGUACAAAUAUCUAAUCUUUGUCACUUUUAUUUGCAGUCUGUUUAUAUUAGCUAGGGAUGUGAAUUAGACGUUGACAUUUCUGAAAUAUUCCAACAGAUAGCCUGAAACUGUUGUUAAUCUUGUAGCCUUCUCUGUCCUUAGCUCAUCCCAUGUCUUUGAAUAGCUGCAUGUUAUACUCAGGGACCUCAGUAAACAUGUCUCCAAUCAAUUGCUGUGAGUUUGUAUGAUCUCUGUAUAAAUAUGUCUAGAAAGAAGUGACGGUGAAAAGUAAAAAAGCCAGUUAAGCCACAGAACAAUAUGGAUAUGAGGAUGACAGUACAGGCUGAAUAAAUGCAGACUGGGAGUUAGGUUGUAGUUUCUAAUCAUUAGCAUUUGAGAUGGAAAAGCUUGUCAUGGCUACAUUAGAGGUAUGCCAUAUCAUGCCUGUUUUUCAGUGUUCACUGUAUUGGGCGUGACCAAACUUGCUCACUGUAUGGAUUACACACUAAAAUUCCUAUACGAGAGCCAAAACCCCCACACUGUGUGGUUUGGAAAGCAGAGGGCUCCUGAAAUGCAGGUUUGGACUCAGCAUUGAGUGCUGGGUCGAUGUUUGAUUCAGCAAGCCUUAUUGACUCGUUUCUUCCAAAUCCAACAACUUGGCUUUAUUCAACCACUGCUGCACCAGUGUGGUCCUGCUGAGAUUCAUGGCCAGAGCCUCACAGGCUGCACUUGAAGAGUUUGAGGCAGGAGUGGUUCAGAAGCCAUGCAAGAGGCAAGGCUGGGGCAGCUGUAGGUUGGGCAAGAGUAGCUCACUGGGUUUUCUGAAAUAUUUGCUGGUCAUGCUGUCUCACUUGCCUGACUAUGGUUCUCUUUGGCAUGAUUUCCUCCUGUCCAGCAGCAGUAUCAGCACUUCGCUAUGUUGUGAGGCAUUCAGGGUAUAAGUUAGUAGGGGGAAAUUGCUUGAACUCUUAAGGCAAAUGCUUCCAUUUUGUUGUGGGGACAUGUUUGUUUCUAAGGCCGGAAGCCUUAGCUGAAGGUAAAAUGCUUGUACUUGUAGCACUAGAAUAAUAGAAAAUUGGAAGUAAGAAAUAAUGUGUGUUGUUUUUCUUUUUUCUUUUUGAUGCAGUGGGUAGAAAUAAUGUAGUUUUAAUAAAAAUGAAUGCAAGCGUAGAGUAAUAAGCAAACAGAUUUAGUGUUCUAAAUCGUUUAAUGGCUCUCUAACCAUGGCUGGAACUUCAACUUGAUGAUACCCUGGUAGUAGCAGGAAAUGAGGCUGUGCUUAAGCCAUAGAAAAGGUGGGAAAUGCUUGCUACUGUGACUUUUGGAUUACUUUUUAAAAUGUUUUAUGAUAAAGGUAGCAAAUUUUGUACUUAGUAACUGGAUGAAUGUUAUUUUGCAGUUGAGAAGCUUGUAGUAACUUGGUGAAGAAGUAACAUCAUCUCCCUCAAGAGAGAAAUCUUCCUUGAAAUCUUCAGCGAUAGACAAAAAAAGUUUUGCUAGCAAUUCCCUUAUCAGCACUCCUGCAGUUUCUUCAUUCAGGGUGAACCUGUAAGUCAUCUCUGGGAAGACUGAAGUAUAUUUCAGUUUAUGUUUGCAUACAGUCCAUUCUUUACUAUUUGCCAUGACAUCAGAAAUUCUGUUGUCAUCAGUGAGCUGAGGCAUUUACUGCAUUGUGCUAAUAGCUUUUUAGGGAACUGAAUAUUGCUUUUUUUACAGGCCAGUUGUCAAAUGCCAGCACAGAGGGGACUUGUCCUAUAAAACAAGACCCACACUUUGGGAACAUCCUCCUGUUUUUCUUUUUUGAGUGAUACUAGAUAUAAGUGAUGUUAAACAGGAGUGCCUCCUUCAGUUUUCACUCGUAGGGUCUGAAUACCCAACUUUCAAGAAUGACUAUUAUCAGCUGAAGAUAUGAUGUUGGUUUUCCUUCUCAUCUUAGCAAAAAGGCACUUUAUAUACUGCUAAAUAUACAGCUAUGAUAACUUUGUAAAAGUGAGGUUAGGACACUUCCCUGGUGUCGCAGUGAGUCUGUAGCCCUGCCAAGAACUCAGCUUUGACAUACCUGCGGGAAAGACCUUCUUCAGCAAAUGUAUUGCUGUGCUGCUCAAACUGACUGUCAGCAGCCAGCCAUGCAUUGUCAUUUCUGCUUAAAACAGGUGGGACUGGCAUGAGAGACAGGAGGCUUAGUAGUAAAAUAGUAUGCGCAGUCUUUCUACAGCUAAGCUUUACUAUUGCUUGGACUUUUAGUGGAUUCUUCCAGUGUUUAUCAGGUCAAGCAGCCUUUAAUUCUUUCUCAAAAAAUAGCUGUAUGUGUUUUACAGUCUGUUCCUUUUUCUGAAGAAAAACAAUAAGGAAAGGUAGAUAGCGAGGGGAAAAAAAAAAACAUAAACAUUUGUCUAAGAUUGUAAAUUACUAAAAAUAGUGACUUUUUAAUUUAUUUUUUAAUAAAUUGAUAAAAUUGCCUGAAGAAGAAAAGGCUGCGGAGUGACCUCAUUGCAGCCUUCCAGUAUAGGGAGCCUAUAAACAGUAGGGGAGCCAACUCUUUACAAGGUUAGAUAAUGGCAGGACAAGGGGAAAUGGUUUUAAGUUGAGUGAGGGAAGAUUUAGGUUGGAUAUCAGGGGAAUUUCUUUAUGAAGAGAGAGGUGAGGUGCUGGCACAACUGCCCAGAGAGGCUGUGGAUCCCCAUCCCUGGAGGUGUUCAAGGCCAGGUUGGAUGGGGCCCUGGGUGGCCUGCUCUGGUAUUGGAUAUGGAGGUUGGUGGCCCUGCCUGUGGCAGAGGGGUUGGAGCUUGAUCAUCUUUCAGGUCCCUUCUGACCCAAGCCAUUUUAUGAUUUUGUGAUUCUAUGAUUCUCUGAUAAAAUGAGGACAAUAUAGUUAUUUUUCAUGUUGCCUCAUGAAACAAAACAGCAACUAAAUCACCGGAUAAUAGCAAUUUUAAAUAAUCAAAUUUGCUUUCUAAUAUGUACUUCUGUUGCUUUCUCUUUUCUGGCUGCUAACUGUGAGCAACUGAAAGCACAAGUCAAUUUAUUUUUCAUUCCUUGUAAUUAGUAUUUUCCUGUUCACUGUAUGCACUAAAACAUUCAUAACAGUUUUUGGGUGAUUCAAAAAUACAAUGUUUUUAAUGUAUUCAUUGAUACUGAGAAUAUUGGCCUCUAUAUAUUGGCCUAAGAGACAUUGGCCUCUUUCAAAUGCUGACAAAUGGAGCUUAAGCUGCUGCUGUCUGAGGAAGGACUUUUCUUACCCUUUCCUAUACCCCUACCCCCUGUGUAUCAAACACAAAAAUAAGAGGAAAUGAGUACCACCAAGAACAUCAGAUGAAACGCUCCGUGUCCCUUUCCCACGAUUGCAGGAAACAAGAUUCAGAGAGGAAUGGGGAGGAUGUCAGGGAGGUGGCCUAUAACCCUUGAAAGUGUACAGCAAAUCAGUUGGGCAACUGAAGGGACACUUGGUGUGGGAAAGGGACUGCAGUAGCUGAAGUCACUGGAGAAGUACACAGAAGUGUGACCAAGUAGGACAGCAGUGAGCAGUUACAGGCAUAAUGAGGGAAAGGGUACAGAAAUUGCCACCAUGUGAGAGUUGACCUGAGGAUAAUUAAAUGCUACUUCCUAUGGUUUUCUUUUCUUCUUUUUUUUUUCCUUUUUUUCUUUUUUAAAUAAAGAUUUUUGGAAAAAAUACCUAAUUGAGUAGAGGAGAAAUCUGAUUUUUAUGUUUAAUUCCAAGAGGAAAAAAUGAUUCCUGUCCAGUACUCCUCUGUCGGACAAAGUGUAGGUAAGGGAAAGCUGAAUUUCAUUUGUGGAUUUUCAUAGUGAUAAUAUGGUUAUUGUGGAAGAGUCUGAGUGUCUUUAUCUGACUGAAGUGCACCAGUAGCAUCACAGUCAUGUUAGGAAGGAAUUUCACAGCAGGAGUUGAAUUUUAGCUGUUACAGUCUGCCUCAGUCCCUUUCAGAAUUACUAAAAAAAAAAAACCCCACAAAUCUUCCAACCUGUUACCUGAUACUAAACAGAAUUUUUUUCUUCAAGAGCAAAAAUGGAGUGCCUCGAUUUUCUGUACACUUGUGCGUUUAUCAUGUAAGUCAAAUGCAAAAUGCAUACAAUCCUUCAUGUCACAAUGGUUGCUGUUUCAUCAUCUACUACCACCUCUGCUAUAUAAGGGCAAAGUCUCUUUAUUGGGCACUUUGGAUACUUUUUUCAGGUUGGGCAAUUCAAAGAUAUUACGUGAGGGAGAAGCAGUUGAUGUGACGUGGCUGCAUUCUUAAGCUGUGAUUUUUGCUUUUGAUAUCAUUUGAAGAACUGGUAUUCCAUAAGCUCAUUUUGUUCUUCACAUAUUGUACAAAUGUAAUAGUGUGGUUCUGUGCAAUUCCGAGCUGAAUUAUGACUGGAUUUGUUCCUUAGCCUGGUUUACUGGAAUAUAUUAAUGUAUAGAUACCAAAUAUAAUUUCUUUUCUUGUCUGUGCUGAACAUUUGUAUUUGAUUUAUGUUUACUGACCCAAAAUCUUGUAACAAAUAAUAGAAGCAAACUAAUUCAACAGCUUUCUUUUUGAUCUUUUUUCUUAUCUUCAUAAACAUUACUGCAGGCACCUCAGCUGGUACCUGCAGUAAAUGGAUGCUCAAUGGUACGUAUUCCUUUCCUAUCUUAUCUGCCUGUGUGUCCUGUGCCCAGCUCACAGAACAUGCUUAUUCACAGGGGCUGUUCAUUGUCGUCACAGUGGAGGCUUAAGGGCCAUUGACUGUGAUGAAAUGUGGUAUGUCAAGCACCUUUUUUUGGUAUAUCCAUCCACCCGAUUUGCUCCUGUUCUGAAAAUAGUAUCUGUUCAUCUUUGUUGUUUUGGAAUGAGUUUGUGAAUUUUUAGAAGAGAGCAUGUAACAGGAGCUGAGAAUGGAACCAGAACUCUGCUUUUCUUAAAAUCAAGUCAUUUAGAAGUCAUUCCAGAACUUGUGAUUUAUUUAUUGUUUUCCUUUAUGCAGCCUUUUAAAAUAAUUUCUAUUUCUGCAGUUUGGGUAAAGCUCUGAUGCAGAAUUGUGUCUGAUCCUUUGCAAUGAAGCAAGGGAAGAACAGGAGGAGAGAUUGAGCUGGGAGAUUUUUCUCUGCUCUGAUCUCAGGCAAGCCUCUUAACAUCUCGAAGGCUUAAGUUCCCCUUCUUUACAUUGUGGGCUUGAUAUGUGUCCAGUACUAGGUCAUCUAACAAAACUUCCAACUUCUUUAAGAUACUAGAAAUCAGGCUAGAAGAAACAAUUUACUUGGUCAUUGAGUCUUAGUAUUUCUUUGCGAAAGGUUAUCUAUGAACUUCAGAAAUUAAGUGUUGCUCUGGGGUUUGGAUAAUGCCUUGUAACUGAGUUUACUCUGCAUCCUAUACAAGUCUAGUACAAUGUAUUUGGCCAAUUAUGUCCAAUUAUGGUUUGAAUUGUGGGAUUUUGUGGUGGAAUUGACUUGUGGACAUGAGGUGCCAGACAGAGUGGCACUGGAUAACAUUUUCUCGUGGAAUUAGUUUGUACUGAGUCACACUGUAGAACAUUUAUUUUGCCAUUUUCUACCUAUUGGUGGCUACUGCUAUCAUCUCCAUCACCAUUGGCUUCUUGUGAGGCUGCCUCCAACAAAAGUACUUUGCAUGCCCGAUCCCAUGGAGCACCCUCCACGUCCCACCAUGUCACUGACAAAACCCUUCCUUCACCAGGAUGAGAGCUUUUCACAUCUGUCUUAUGCUUUAGCAUGAUGGCGGGUAUCUCAAGAGCAUCUCUUUCCCUCUCAGAAUGGUUUAGGCAUGCCAUCUUCAGUGCAGGUGUGAACAGAAGUAACAGCACUACACUUGUGGUGCUGCUCCCUGAGUGUGCAGAGAGAACUGUCACUCUUUGUGCUUAAGAUGUUAUGAAUGGCAGCUUUUAAUGUUUUUGCCUUUAACACUGUAUUUGAAGUAGACAUCCAAGUGCUAGUGGAUAAGCUUUUUAACUAAUCCAGAGCUUUGUGUUAGUAAUUAAAAAAAGAGAGUGGUGCCAGUUUUCAUCAGAACUGAAAGUCACUGGGGGCAUAAUAUAUUAGAAAUAUGUAGUAUCUGAUUUUCCAACUCCAAAUUCUUUUCAGAAAACUGGAAUGUGUACCUUUUUAUAGAUACCUAUGUUUUAUAAGAGUUUUGCUUUUUUUUAUUUGAUAAAAAUAAAAUUAAACACUGUUAAUUCUAGUGCAUUUUUACUCAGUUAUGAGGAGAAAUCAAAUGCCAGAUGCAAAUCAAUGGACAGUUGCGCACUGAUGAAUGUAUUUGCAGAGCAGCUUCUAUAAAGUAUGGAGGAGUUUGAUUUUCUUACCUAGUAUCAUCUUAAUCCUUUGCAUUUCUUGGACAAAUGAGGCAUGCACACAACAGGUUUAUAACUUUAGGAGAGUACAGCCAUUUAGGACACAACUUGGCCAUGUUGAACCUCCUUAGCUUCACGUGGGCCCAAUGUUCAAGCGUGUCCAGGUCCCUCUGGAUGACACCCCUUUUACUGUAUCAACUGCACCCUUCAGCUUAGUGUCAUCAGUGAACUUGCUGAGGGUACACUCAAUCCCACUGUCUAGAUCCGUGAUAAAGAGCACCAACCCCAAGACUGACUCUUGUGGGACAUCACUCUUCACCUGCCUCCACGUGGACAUAGAGGUGCUGAUGACAGCCCUCUGGCUGUGACCACUCAACCAAUUCUUUAUCCACCUCUAUAAUACAAAUCUUGAAAGGUUCUUUUUUAAUUCAGGUAAAUGAUCACAAACACUAAGUCAGAGACUCUAUAGGUAUUUGUUUUGAGGUGUACAUCUGUUGGUCAUCCUACAGCAAUCCAUAAAUACUUGUACAAGUCACAGAUGCACAUACACAACCGUUAGUCACUUUGUGUUGUGUAUUUGGCAAUCAGUUGAUUGAGUCAUUGAAUUAUUUUUUAAAAUCUCAGUAUGUUUAGAAAUGUUGGUUCAUACCUCCACACCCCCUGAAGUGUGGCCUCAACUCCCACUGCUCCAGGAUCCACCUCGAGUCAUAAAUGGCUGUCAAAGAUUUCUCUACUUCUGUAACUCUAGCGUUUUAAUGAGUGUCUUCACUGAAGUCGAGUUUUGAUUAUAAAAAUUACCUUGUUAACAGACUAUUGCCAUUCUGUUGUAUUUUUUUUUAAUGUAGGGAAAAUAAAUUUUGUUCAAAUGUACCACCUGUUGAGGAAAUCAAUACUGGUGCUGUUCGUAGCUCAGCUUUGCAGAGUAUUUGUGUGCAAACACGGCAGAUAGUAUUUUCCAGUGUUUCAUUAUUGUGCAGUACUUCGAAGGAUUCCCUUGUAUCAUUUCGCGUAUCAUGCAGUCCCCAAAAAACUGUUUGAAUAUACAUUGUACGUACAGCAAAGGGCUAAUUGUAUUCUGCUGUAUUGUUAGCCAGAAGGUCAGACACUAAAAUUAAUGUAUUUCUGAAUAAUUCAAAUUUUGUAUCAAGGUUGAUUUUUCAUGGGUACUACUCAAAGCACCACGCUGAUUUAUGGCUAAUGUAUUACAUUUUUUUCCUUAAAAACAGUGAGGGCCCAUUCACUUCUCCUCACAGGUAGAGGCAUGCCUUCUAAACAUUCAUACCUUCAAAAAUAAUAGAAAGCAUAGGUACGGACUUGGACUCGUCUCAAAUGGGUGCAGGAAUUCUACAGAAUUAAGGAAACUUUAACAGGAAUUCACUAGAGAUCUUUAGGUCAGAUUCGUUGACUGUUACUGAUAUUAUCAAUAUGUGCAUCUCAAAUAAUUUUGAAAGAAUCUUUGAGUAAAUUCUUCUUCUAAGAAAAACUCUGUAAGUUAGCUGGGUGCCAAUACAUUUUUGUUUCUCUUUGGAGAACAGUUGAGUAUAAUUAUCUUUGGAUUAAUUGUUUUUUGAAGUCUUUUCAAUGAUAUAGAGUGGAUUAAAAAAGAGAUUACUAAAGCAUUAAGACAUUAAGAUUCUUUUUAAGGAGGAAUUCUUACCUUCUCUCAAUUACAAAAUGAUUUUCUCAUAAGAAAGUGUCAAACAAGCUAAAAAAGGUAAAAUUACCCAUAGCAAUGCAGUUCCUCUUCUCUGACUUUUUUCUUGUUAGACAAGCAGCAGUAAAGGAGAGAAAUGGCAUCCCUUCUCACGUCCUCUGCUACCAUUUUUCACUGGGGAAUAGUUUUGUUUUUCUUGUGCUCGUUUUUCAUGGGUAUUAACUUGCUCCGCAGUGUUCUCUGCAGUUUGACCUUUAUUUUAUGUUUUGCUUUGGAGUUCAUCAGAGUGGUGAUACAACUUAAAUGCAGUUCUACAAGAUUAUUUUAAUUGGAUGUUGGAGUAACUCUGCGUGCUGCCGUAAUGGCUUCUAUUAACUUGAUCUGGAACUUGGAAAGACUGUCCUGUGUGGAUUUCAUAACCAAAAAAGUGGCUGUAACAUUCUGUUGAGCAGAUCUCAGAUCACAGUUCAUUUACUUUUGGCUUUAGGGGGAACUGAAGUGCAGCCGCACCCCGUAAUUGUGCUGCUGAAGUAUUUCUUCAGGCGUUCUGUUAGAGCAAAAAAUGACAAGUGACAUGGUUACUGCUCUGAUUCACAGUCUAACCCUCUCCUGUACGAAUGUUCUUUUGAGUUACGGCUGUUUCUUUUCCUUUCCUCUGUACUGUAGGCCUGGCUUAGCACUGGACUCCAUCACAUCAGACAAGCCUAUGUGGAUAUUGGUAGUAGAUCUUCAACAAUAGCUCCAUCACUAGAUAUAUACAUAUAUAUAUUCUUUCAAACUCAUUGGGAGGAUGAAGAAUAAAGGCUGAUUAGGAAAGCUGUGCUGGAUUACCUGUGCAGGGUGCUGGUGUGAUCAGCUCUCCUCGUUCUUCCUGUACCCCUGCGUGUUGUUCUGUCCCAACAUGGGGCUGUCCAGCGGGACUGCCUCGGUUCACCUUUAUUUUAUUUGCUUAGUAGACAGAAGCCCAGCUUAUCUAAGCCUUUGGUUUUUUUUUUUGGCUUUUUUUGCCAGUGUGCUCGCAUGUGCUUGCAUGCAAGAAGGAACAAGCUUACUAUUUCCAUUAUCCUUAUAAAGCGGGGAAAGUUUCUAUUGCAGACCAGUUUUUGUUGCAGCUUUCCAAGAGCAGUGCUCCUCUCCUUUCUGGGGAAUACCCGCUAAAUGACACAGAGUACUGAAGCGAAAACUACAUCUAUACAAGACCUAAACCCUAUAAAGGCAGCAGGAAAGAACAAUCUGUCAGUUGAGUCAUCAGAUGCGACUGGUUUUAUUUUUCAAAUGUCCAUUGGACCUGUUUUGAGACAUAACUGAUUGAGACAGAGAGCCUUACCCCCUGUCUGUAAUUCACAGUCUGUGACAAGUGGAAAGGAAAGGAGCUGCUGUAGGUGGGGUUUGCCCAUGGGUGUAGCCAAAUCCUCGACAGCCAGCGGCUCUGGUUAGUGAAAGGUAAUGUUUGAGCUGGGCCAUAAACCUUGAAAAGGCAGCCAUAGAUCACAAUUAAGGUUGUGCAUUUCCUCCGUGGUGUAACUCCUCAGAGAUGGAGACUGUAACUGUUUACCGAAGCCCAUUUUUUGUCUUCGGAGCAGCGUUUAGGAAACCUGAACUGAGACUUAUUAGGUGUAUCUGUGGGAGAUAAAAAGGGGGAAUUGUUGGUCUCCAGGCACCACUGACAGGCUGGCUGCUGUGGUCAGAGAAGAUAUUUAAUUUCAAAGGAUAAAAUACAGGAUUCAUUUUUUUUCCUUUUUUUUUUUAUCUGAAGUUGAGCUUAUCUGGUUUAUGCCUUAUCUAAUGUGACUUAUGAGAAUUGUAAAAUCAGCUAUGUUAAGCAAACAAUUUAUUUUGUUUUAAUUCCAGCUUCUCUUUGUUUUAAUAAACCUUGGUUUUUGUUAGGAUUACUGUAGUGUGGGUAAUUUCACACAGAUGUCUCCAAAGAGUAAGGAAAAAUCCAUAACUCUUUAAGAGAAUAGCUGAAGGGAAAAGGAUCUCUGGAACUGCUUUUCAUUCCUGCGCAGCCCUGGUGGCAGGGCUUGGAUUAAAGCCGUGGGUCAGGAAGUCUGGCUGCAGCUGGCAGGCGCAGGGACGGCACAGGAGCUGAAACAAAGACAAAGAGACAACGGCUUAGGCCUUUAAAACCUAAACUUUGAAGAUGCUGAAGUAUAAAAUGCAGGAGUACUAAAUAGCACAGAGGUGGUUGAACUAAAUGGUCUUAGUGGUCUUUUCCAAUGAUUCUGUGAACAGGUUCUCUCUGUGACAUGGUUGGGAUGUUUUCAUCUUUGCUGCUUUUUUUUUCCCUUAAAUACUGUUCUGAGGCACGCAGUAAUGUGAAGCACAGUGCACAACAGUCAGGUUGUGUUCUUCUCCUUCCUUUCCAGCUUCAUCAAAGAAGACCAAGAAAUCAGAUAUUUUAAGAGUCGCGUGUAAUUUUAUGAGGUAUAAAUACUGUUUUCAGACAUCGUACUUUUGGCCUGUAGACUUUGCUGUGGUAGGGCCAUGCGGUUAAAUAUAGUGGUUCAAUUUUCCAAAAGGGCUUCAUAAUAUAAAAGCUAAUAACAGUGGCAGCAAAGCAUGCUUAGAGACAGGUAAUCAAAUCUCGUGAUUUAAGACAUAAGCGCAUUACCUGAGAACAUCUGAGAGCCCUCGUUCCUCUCUGUCACCUGCAAAGCCUUCUGCAAUUAGCAAGGUUCAUUGUGGGCAUUUGUAGUGCCUAAUUUAUUUGAAGCAUUACUACCAGCAAUCGUUCGGGAGAGGAUACAGCCUUUGUAUUUCACCAUAUAUCAAGCGCUGCUGUGGAGCGCUGCCCGGCUUUGCUUGGCCGUGUUGCUGAGUGACACCAGCCUGCUCUCAAACAAAAGAGCCUGGUGACGUGGGGCAGCUGCCAGCACGGGAGCACCAAAUCGCCCCAUUCGCCCUCAGAUCGAAGGGAUCUUGAAUUGGUUUUACGUGCUGCUUUGGGAUUUAGUUCAUCUCCGUAUUCUGUAGAUCGGUUGUUGUUGGUGGGGAAAAAAAACAAACCCUGCAUUUCCAAGCAGCAGAACCUAUGAGGAGUUCACGCAGAGUUGUAUGGAACUUGCACUCCUCCUUUGCAAGUAAAACCUAUAGGUAGGAAUUCAGAUACUGUUUCUCUUUAUUCGGGAUGUUGGGAAAAUAACAUGUUUUACCAGGUAGAACCAUCUAAUAUUUGCUCUAAAUAAAUCAGGGGAAGAGACAAAGAAAGCUUCCAGGCUGAAGGUUUGAAUCACAGUGUCAGAUUGAUCCUAAGCGACUGAAAGUGCUUUCCCAGCACCUUCUGUAAAGGGGAGUCCAUGGAGGGACCGGGUCUGUGCCAGGGCUGGGUCUCCUUGCUGGGCUGCUCACCCACUUUUAUGGAAGGGAGCUGGUACCUGCACUUCCAGCUUCUUUCCUGGUCUAUUUUACAUUUUGUACAUUUCCGUGAGCUCCAUAAAAGUCAAGGUCAAACUGAAGGAACCCCUGUGAAUAAUGGGAGACGCUCAAACUGUUCAAGACAGAGACAUCGGUAUUAAAGUUUUCCAUUACUUAUACGAUGGCAGCUUCUUUUUACUGCACUUAAACUGUUUGGAAGUAGUCACAGGAAGUGCAUAUAGAACUCAGGACUGGCGGAAUCAAUUCAGUGGGCUGCAUGCUGGGGGAGUCACGAGGGUGAGACUGCACGUCCAGCAGUGCUGCAGUGAUUGGGUCGAAGUCCACAGAGUUAGAGAAGGGGCCCCCUAAAGUCAGCGCAGAUACUCCUUUCUUGGCUCAGUUUCCACUUGAUCCGGGUAUUGCUGUAAAAACACUGGAGGAAAUUCUGUAGCUCUGCUUUUUGCAGUUUCGUUUUGCCUGGCUGGAGAGCUGCGCUGAUAAAAAUUACCUUUCUUGUAAGAAAAAUGAAAAAAAUCUCUUGUGCUGCAAUUUUUUCUUAAUUAAAAACUCAAUCUGUCAAGAAAUAAUUAAUUCAAAAUAUAGUCUAAUUUUCAAUUUGAAUAAUGCAUAUAUCAGACAUUGCUAUUAAUCAGUUUGCCUUUUUCUAGAACGGUAACAAUAUUACUGGGGCUAUAAUUGAAAUUUAUCCAUUCAUAUUUUUCCCCAGGAAUAACAAAUACAGCUACUUAAGCCUUUCUGAAUGAAAAACACAACUGCAUUUUUCUUGACUUUAAACAGAUGGGGUAAAUAAGACAUCUUCAGUUAUUCAAAGAUGUCCGUAUGGGAACAUAUUGAUGAAAUUUUUAAUCCAAAAGAGGCAAAGUAAAACACCGCAAACAGUAAUCUGGUGGCUGCAGCCCUUAGCUGAGAUGUGAGGAAUUCAGUUUCCAGCAGGACUUUAAGCUGACCAAGUAAACAGGUCAUGGCACGCUUAACGAAGAGACGACAGGCAGAUACAAAGGCGAUCCAACAUCUUUGGGCAGCAAUAGAAAUAAUCCGGAAUCAGAAGCAAAUUGCUAACAUUGACCGUAUCACAAAGUAUAUGUCUCGAGUCCAUGGUAUGCAUCCAAAAGAAACCACUCGUCAGCUGAGUUUAGCAGUCAAGGAUGGUCUUAUUGUUGAAACCUUGACGGUGGGGUGUAAAGGGUCAAAGGCUGGUAUUGAACAAGAAGGAUAUUGGUUGCCAGGAGAUGAGAUUGCCUACGGUAUGCAGCCUUUUUCCCAGACAGCAGCAAAAAACAAGGACUGGGAAACAGAAAAUCAUGACUGGUAUUGUUUUGAAUGCCAUUUGCCUGGAGAGGUGUUGAUAUGUGACCUGUGUUUUCGUGUGUAUCAUUCCAAGUGUUUGUCUGAUGAGUUCAGGCUUAGAGACAGCAGUAGUCACUGGCAGUGCCCAGUUUGCAGGAGCAUCAAGAAGAAAAACACAAGUAAACAAGAGAUGAGCACAUACCUGCGGUUCAUAGUCUCUCGUAUGAAGGAGCGGGCUAUAGAUCUAAACAAGAAAGGGAAGGACAACAAACACCCAAUGUAUAGGAGGCUGGUGCACUCAGCUGUUGAUGUUCCUACUAUACAGGAGAAAGUAAAUGAAGGAAAGUACAGGAGUUACGAGGAGUUCAAAGCAGAUGCGCAGCUGCUUCUACACAACACAGUGAUUUUCUAUGGAGCGGACAGUGAACAAGCUGACAUAGCGAGGAUGCUUUACAAAGACACAUGUCAUGAACUGGAUGAGCUACAGCUUUGCAAGAACUGUUUCUAUUUGUCAAAUGCCCGACCUGACAAUUGGUUCUGCUAUCCUUGUAUACCUAAUCAUGAGUUGGUUUGGGCCAAAAUGAAAGGCUUUGGGUUUUGGCCAGCCAAAGUCAUGCAGAAGGAGGACAAUCAAGUUGAUGUUCGUUUUUUUGGUCAUCACCACCAAAGGGCCUGGAUCCCCUCUGAAAACAUCCAGGACAUCACAGUUAACAUCCAUCGGCUGCACGUGAAACGCAGCAUGGGAUGGAAGAAGGCCUGUGAUGAGCUGGAACUGCACCAGCGAUUCCUUCGUGAGGGGAGAUUCUGGAAAUCAAAGAAUGAGGAUAAAGGGGAAGAGGAGGCAGAGUCAAGUAUCUCCUCCACCAGCAAUGAGCAGCUGAAGGUUACUCAGGAACCAAGAGCAAAGAAAGGACGACGUAACCAGAGUAUGGAACUCAAAAAAGAAGAGCCAGAACCUGAAACUGAAGCAGUAAGUUCAAGCCAGGAAAUUCCCACAAUGCCUCAGCCCAUUGAAAAGGUUUCAGUCUCAACUCAGACCAAGAAGUUAAGUGCCUCUUCUCCAAAAAUGCUGCACCGGAGCACCCAGACCAAUAAUGAUGGAGUGUGUCAGAACAUGUGCCAUGACAAAUACACCAAAAUCUUUAAUGAUUUCAAGGACAGGAUGAAAGCUGAUCACAAAAGAGAAACUGAGAGAGUUGUGCGAGAGGCAGUGGAAAAGCUGCGUACAGAGAUGGAAGAAGAGAAAAGGCAGGCUGUAAGUAAAGCCGUGGCCAAUGCACAAGGAGAGAUGGACAGAAAAUGUAAGCAAGUAAAGGAGAAGUGCAAAGAAGAAUUUUUAGAAGAAAUUAAGAAGUUAGCAGGCCAGCACAAGCAGCUGAUUUCCCAGACCAAGAAGAAGCAGUGGUGCUACAACUGUGAAGAGGAGGCCAUGUACCACUGCUGCUGGAACACUUCCUACUGCUCCAUCAAGUGUCAGCAGGAGCACUGGCAUGCUGAACACAAACGUACCUGCCGCAGAAAAAGAUGAAAGAGCCAUUCCUCCGCUAGAACAUCACCCCGAUGAUUGCUAUUCUCAGACACAGCGGUUUUUGUUUCCAAGAAGCCAAAAUUGUUUAGAAUUUGCUUCCCAUUUUGCACCAGCCUUUAAACACUUUUCGUAAAAGAAAUUUUGCACAGUAAUUUCAAUCUUCUGUUCAGUGCUCCUCCAAAAUUUUGCCAGCGGAAUGAAUUGAACAUCUCUGGGAGCAGGUUACUUUAAAUAAUUUUAAACUAGAGGAUUUGUUGCAUUUUCAGCAAAUUUUAAAACAUUUUUAGGUUUUACAGAGAUUUUAAUCUUUAAAAAGAGCAGAUCUAGAAACAAACCAUGCGAGUUUAACAAAAGGAACGUGUAAAAACUAGAUCUGAAUGUGAGAACUUUAGAACUGUUUCAGAAAAACGAAGCAUACUACCUUGAUGUAACAUUUAUUUCUUAACCUUGUUGAGCUGGUUUUGUUCAGCUUAAUUUUACUGUUUAAAGGCAUUAUCUAUUGGUUAUACCAGUGGGUACAUGAUUGAAUUUAGGGAACAGGGUUGACACAGCAGGUGCUACUCCUGCGUAUUUUUUCUUAAAUAUUUCCCAACUGUGUUUUAUUUUCAUUAUUUCUUUUCAAUAUAUAACUUUUAUAACAAAAUAUUAGCUUUGAUCUUGUAGUUUAAAAUCACAGGGAACUGGGGUAAUCUUUUACUGAGCUGGAUCUUAGAGAAAAAUGAAUAUUUAAAUUUUGAAGUUUGCACAUUUCAUCUUCGUCCUGACAUGAGUGCUUGUAACAAGAAUAAGAAAAGCCAAAAAACAAAACCCAAACAAAAAGAAAGCCAACUACCUUUAUCCGUAUGUGGAAUUACGAGGCUUACAAAUUUCGUUACUGUGCCCCCCUUCGGCCUCCCCAAUCCAGUGUCCUCUGACUGCCUACGAUCUGGUGUCACCUGGUCCAUUGUAACUCGAUAAUUAAAGGAGAAAAAGCACUUACGUUUCACAGAAGCCGUUAUGUUUGUAGUAAUGGGUCAUUGCCUAAUAAUGAGCUCCAUCACUGUACUCAGAAUGAAGAAUAAUGCAUGUUAAUUUUCUUGUAUUAAAGAUGCCGUGAUUUGUAAAAAGUCUGUAUUUUGCGGAAUGUCUGGAUUAAGAAGCAUUACCAAUAGGAAUGGAUCGAUAGUUGAAACAUGAUUUCUUUUGUUUGUUUUAUAUAUAGAUAUAUGAAUUGCAUCCAUGUUCAGAGACAAUUUUUUAAAUAGAUGUAAAGCUUACUUAAAUAGCUUUUUCUUUUAAAGUGUCUCCGCAUUUUAGUUUCUUCUUUCAGAGGCUGGUCUUAGACCGAGUCACGCGCCCAUUAAUCAUCCCGCUAUUUUUUGAGGAGUUAGAGGAAUAAUUUGUAAAUAUUUAUUUAGAUCUUUGAUAUUUAUUGAAAGCAAUUACAUGAUGGAACGAUGGAAGCUGAAGAAUCAGGAGGAAAGCCUUUUAAAAAGUUUUCUCUAGGAUUUGUCAGGGUCAUUGUAAAGAUGAAAAUACAACUAAGACUUCUGUGAACUGCCAUUGGAAUCCUGAUCUUUUUUACGUACAGCGGUGAUAGAAGUUAAUUGACUUGAUACUGCCUAAGAGCACCCAACACCUUGUGGGAAUUGAGCGGUAAGCGGAUGGGAGAAGGUAGUGCGUAGACGGUAACUUGUAUUACCACAGCUACAUUAUUGCCUGAUUAACGUGUAAUUAACUUUUGUCGCCUCUGUGUUGUGACUGUAAAACACUUCACAACUAAAAAUCAAUCCUGUUCAAUUACUUUACGAGUUCCAAAACUUCGAUCCACCCCUAUGAAAGCAAGUUAUUGUGGAAAUAUUUUUGGUGUAAAAUCAUUCCAGAAUAUGUAAUAUUUAACUGAUAGCUGCAUGAAAGUAAGAUUCGUGUUACUUUGGCUUUUUUGUCUCUGUUGACACGGUUGCACAUUUCCAAGUUACUACAGCGUGAAAACUGUGUGUUUUAAAGAAAAAAACAAAACAAAAAAAAAAAGAUUGUGGCCUGGUUUUGUAUAAGUUUUAGGUAAAAUUACAAUUGAUUGUUUUAGGAAUCAUGAUUUAAAAUUAAUUUUUCUGCAAAUCAUAAAGCUAUAUUAAAGUGUUGAGCUUAGCCACUAUGCACAUUGUAAUUAUUCAUUGUGGCUGUCCAGUUUAUGAUGCAUUCUGGCAUUUUGUAAGCUGCUCUGACUAGCAAUAUAUAGAGUCAUUUAAUGUGUUAACAUUGGGUAAUAAAUGUAUUUAAAAAAAAAAAAAAA